ACCACCACGGAUACUACAUCUACCACCACGGAUACUACAUCUACAACCUCGGGUGCUACAUCUACCACCACGGGUACUACAUCUACCACCACUGGUACUACAUCUACCACCACGGGUACUACAUCUACCAUCAUUGGUACUACAUCUACCACCACGGGUACUACAUCUACCACCACGGGUACUACAUCUACCACCACCACCACGGGUACUACAUCUACCACCACGGGUACUACAUCUACCACCACGGGUACUACAACUACCAUCACGGAGCGAUGUCUCUCGGAUGUUGACAACAAACACACACCGGUGAUGGGGGCCUGGGUGGGACAUUCGUCACCAACUUUUCCUGUAUUGUAA